CGGAGCGGGUGAGACGUGGUGUCCUGUGCCGACGGCGCCUGACAGGUUUCUACGAGUGGCCUCUGCUCAUGAACCCACAAAUGCAGAGUGCCAUCGAAUGGCGAAAAAGGCCCCAAACCUCACUCACUUUCCCAUUUGCGCUCCAACAUUCACUACAUCCCUGACCACGAGAUCAGCUCACCAGCUCACCACCACCAUGGCCGAAGAAACCUGCUGCGGGUGCGUCACGCUCGAUGGGGACACUGAGUACGACAUGGGGCUACAUAUUGGCUCCAUCUUCAUCAUUUUCGUCGUGUCCGCGGCCGGAACUAUGAUCCCUAUCAUCUCGCAGAAGAUCCCUCAGUGUAAGGCCAACUCGGUCAUCAUGGAGGCUGUUAGCGCCUUCGCCUACGGAGUUGUCCUGGCCACAGGUCUCAUCCACAUGAUCAACGAAGGCAUUGAGAAGCUGAGCAACGAGUGUCUCGGUUCUGUCGUUGAAAACUACGAGAGUCUGGGUCUCGCGUUUGUACUGAUCACCCUUGUACUCAUGCACUUUAUUGAGUGCGAGAGUUCGGUGUUCUUCGGUGCCCAGGGCUCCAUGCUCCACGGUCAUGGUCACGCUCACGGAGAAAUUACCGCACAAGAGGCUGUAAUUACCCCAGCUGAUCGAGAAACUCCGAAGCCUACGGAGAAUCCGUACCACGAAAAUGCUGUCGACCAAAAUGAACAAAACUCCAAGAUCCGCCGCAAAAUCGCUACGCUUAUCUUUGAAGCUGGCGUUGUCUUCCAUUCAGUGAUUAUCGGCCUCGAUCUCGGCGUCACUACUGGGUCAGAGUUCAAAACUCUUCUGGCUGCUCUGUGCUUCCACCAGUUCUUUGAAGGCAUCGCUAUCGGUAGCUCGGCACUCAGCUCACUCGAAAGUACGAGCAAGCUCUUCAUGGUCAACUUCAUCUUCGCUAUUACCACUCCCAUAGGCCAAGUCAUCGGCAUUGGCAUCCGUAGCACAUACUCUGAUUCAUCGACGACUUCUCUGUGGGUUCAGGGCAUUCUCAACUGCGUUGCUGGUGGCAUUCUGCUGUACACGGGACUGGUGGAGCUGCUGACGUACAACAUGACCACGAACGGCCAGUUCCUGUCGCGUCAGACGGCCCAGCGCUUUGCUUUGUACAUUUCUCUGUGGCUGGGUGCUGGUUUGAUGGCGCUCAUCGGCAAGUGGGCGUAAGUUAGCCACCCAAACGUGACGACGUUGAAACCUCUUUCAGUUGACUUCGGCAGGAUUAAUCAGCAUUUUAUCCAAGAUGGUAACGCAAAAGUACACGCUGCAAAAAAAUCUACAUGUAGUUCACGGUUUGCGAUAUUUGUUUUAUGAUACGAUGAACUCGCAGAAAAAAGAGCUCCAGGCAUGGUUGGAGUGCCACGUGCGCAUUCUCCACAAUUAGCUUGUAAUCCUGUAGACUACGAUGACUUUCACAAAUUGCCAAGUCUAAACCCCGCUUCAGCGGAUUCCGUACAUAUACUUCAAAUGAGUACUAGCACUAGCUCAACCAGGAUAAUUUGCAACUUACAGAUGAACACCUUAAUCCAAACAAACGCGCGCUACUGGCCGCAUUCGAAUGGUUGUUUUUAUCGCCACUACAUGUAGAACCAAUUCCGCCGUCGGAAAAAUGGCAUGAUAUGUCAUUUCGCUAGGCGAUAAUGCAACACCAACGUGAGACGGG